CUGGCUACCCGCCGCCUACUGGUGUACUGUUCAUCAGGCCUGCUGACCGCCACCUAGUUGUGAACUGCUAAGCUGUGGUACGGCCUCUGGCCGUAGGGUGUCGCCAGUGCUGUCUAACCCCGGCUGGAAAAUACAUUCAGUCGUGAUCUGACCGUGGUCUGUCUCACUGGUGGCAGCGUCUGACGAUGCCUACGCCGGACGCAGUGGUAGCUGUACGCGGUGGGGAGAGCCGUUCUGUGGCUCUUAGCAGGACGUUCGGUGAAGAAACGUCACCAAGUGCGUGGAGAAGUUUCAAGGAUCAUUAUCUUCUCGUCAAAGAAGCCAAUAUCGCGCGAGGGGUAGCGCUAUGGCAAGAUCCAGCCUAUCGGAGCGUCGAGCUACGUUUGUGCCUUGUCGGAGCGCCCGCCGAAUUCCUGAGGGAGGAAGCGGCACAAGGAUCACCGUGGGUGAAGGACGACGAGGGCAUUUUGAAUCGGCUCGAGCGCCGUUACGUGACGACCGAGGCAAUUGAGGUGAGAAUUCUGAGAUUUGAGGAGGCGAACCAAGGUCAGGGGGAGAGUUUGGCCGAUUUUCUAACGCGAUUGCAGCGCCUGGCUGGAGAUGCGUUUGCAAGUGAGUCGAGCGAUAUAAAGCGCAAGCGAGUUGUCUGGCGUUUUUUAGACGGACUGGUGGAUAGAGAUAUUCGUGAAAGGCUGAUACAUGAACGCUGGAUGAAGGACGAGGCAAACGCAAAGGAAUAUGACGAAAUCAUUAAGAUUGCAGAAACAGCACGGGCGGCGAAGCAGGCGGCCUCUCUCACAGGUCACCGUCAUCAGGUGGGCGGGGCCUGCGCCGCGGGCGCAUGGCUCAGAGAGGGCAGCGUAGCUUCCCCUCCCCUCUCCUCAGGCGACUGCGAGACGCGAGGGCAUGGCGGAGCUGUCACCGCCACCUCUACCGGCCCUCCCCUGCCCAGCCGGGGUGCGCGGGGUACCGGGUAUCAGCAGCGAUCGGCACCAGCUCAGCCGGCGCGCCAGCGGGAAGUUCAAGAAUGCGGCUACUGGGUUCAGCCCGUUCGAGCUACUAUUCGCCCGCCCAGCUCGUCGACCGGAGUCGGCGAUCAGCACCGGGGAGGAGCCGGGAGCAGCGCGGUCACCAACCGACGAGGUGGCUGAACGGCGGCGUCUACUCGAUGGUAUGCAUCAGAAGGCGCAAUUGAAGCGAACCGGGGAUGGAUCAGAGCGGAGACGAAGACCGAGACGGCGCCGUCGGCUGAGUCCAGCACAGGAUCGACCAGCACCGCUGAGGACAGCGGUAGCGAGGACGACUACGAGGACGAGGAUGAAGAGGAAAGAUCAGCCACCAUUCGCCCUCAGCGCGCGCGGGAAGCACCGGACCGUUUAGUUGUGGAUCCUAGACGUAAAACCUAAGAAAGCCGAAAAUUGAGUGGUGGGGUGUGAUAGGCUGGCUACCCGCCGCCUACUGGUGUACUGUUCAUCAGGCCUGCUGACCGCCACCUAGUUGUGAACUGCUAAGCUGUGGUACGGCCUCUGGCCGUAGGGUGUCGCCAGUGCUGUCUAACCCCGGCUGGAAAAUACAUUCAGUCGUGAUCUGACCGUGGU